UAUAUGUAUAUCCCCCUAAACCUACUACCACCAUCACCACCAGCACACUGAAUCUCACUAAAGGCAGAAAGAGGAGGAGAGGACUCCAGAUGUUGGGAACGUUUUAGUUUAAUGCAGCACAGGGGGUGUUUCCGGUUUCUGUGUUUACGCGUCCUGGACCCUAAAGACGCAGGAGCGCGAGGACCUGAAGGAUGGCUGCCACUUUAUCAGCAGAGGAAGAGCAGGCCACAAAGCAGUUCCUGGAGGAGAUCAAUAAGUGGACAAGCCAACAUGGAGUCUCUCCUCUCACCUGGGACGUGGCCGUGAAGUUCCUCAUGGCACGAAAGUUUGAUGUCCUUCGGGCCAUAGAGCUCUUCCACAGCUACAGGGAGACGCGUCUGAGGGAGGGCAUCGUCAAGCUACAGCCCCAGGAAGAGCCGCUACGUUCGGAGCUCCUUAGCGGCAAGUUCACUGUCUUGGGAGUACGGGACCCCUCAGGCGCCUCCAUUGCUCUGUACACAGCUAAGCUGCACCACCCAAAUAAAACGGGCAACCAUGUGGUGCUCCAGGCUCUGUUCUACCUGCUGGACAGAGCGGUCGAGAGUUUUGAGACGCAGAGGAACGGCCUUGUCUUCAUCUACGACAUGGCCGGAUCUAACUACACUAACUUCGAGCUGGACCUCAGUAAAAAGAUCCUCAACCUGCUGAAGGGUGCGUUUCCUGCUCGGCUGAAGAAAGUGUUCAUAGUCGGUGCUCCCGUCUGGUUCCGAGUUCCCUACAACCUGCUGAGCCUGCUGCUCAAGGAGAAGCUCCGAGAACGGGUCCAGAUGGUGAAGAUGACCGAUCUACGGCAGCACCUCCCCAGGACCUGCCUGCCCGAGCACCUGGGUGGCUGCCUGCCUCUGGACGUCCACGGCUGGAACCAGCGUCUGCUGGUCGAGCAGAACGGCCGCGUGGAUCCUGUCGAUGAGCUGCUGGGCGUCCCACUGGCAACCUCGGCGGUGCACGUACCAGGCCCAGACGCCAUGCGACUCCCCGAAUUCACAGCUCACCUGGCUCGGGCACAGCGGGGCGGAAUUUACCACGAGUAUGAAGAGCUCCGUAAAGAGCCGCCUUCCGGAACAUUCCACUGUGCUUUGGCUGCUUAUAACCAGGAGAAGAAUCGUUACGGUGAUGUCCUGUGUCUGGAUCAAACACGAGUGCGCUUGAAAUCCAGAAGGAAUGAGAAAUCAGACUACAUCAACGCCAGCUUCAUGGACGGCUACAAACAGAGGAACGCGUACAUCGGAACUCAAGGGCCCCUGGAGAAAACCUAUGACGAUUUUUGGAGAAUGGUGUGGGAGCAAAACGUGCUAGUCAUCGUCAUGACAACAAGGACAGAUGAAGGCGGCAGGAGGAAGUGUGGACAGUACUGGCCUCUGCAGGAAGGAGGACAGGAAGUUUAUGGACACAUAGCUGUGGUCAACCAGAGAGUGGACAACCAUUCCCAUUACAAUCAGACCAUUCUAGAACUGCAUAACACAGAGACAUGUGAGCAGAGGCAGGUGAGCCACUUUCAGUUCCUGAGCUGGCCCGACUACGGCGUUCCCUCCUCGGCACUCUCUCUGCUCGACUUUCUGAGCACGGUGAAGAAGCAGCAGAAGAGGGCAGUGAAGGCUCUGGGCUCACAGUGGAGAGGUCAUCAUCUGGGGCCACCGAUGGUUGUCCACUGCAGCGCAGGGAUCGGCAGGACAGGUACGUUUUGCGCUUUGGACAUCUGUCUGUCCCAGCUGCAGGACGUCGGAACGCUGAACGUGUGCCAGACGGUGAGGCGCAUGAGAACACAGCGCGCCUUCAGCAUCCAGACCCCCGAACAGUAUUAUUUCUGCCACACCGCCAUCCUUGAGCACACCCAGCGACAGGCCACCUCCAGUCAGUGAGGGACGCCGCCCGGCAGUGGCUCGGUUGGUAACAGGAAUUUUUAAAGGUUUGCCACGGACCCCCUCAGCCGCCUUGGUGUCUCCUGACCCUCACUUCAAGCACAGUGAUUUCUGACUCUUGUAAUAUUGCUGAUGUGUUAAAAAAAACAAAACAAAAGUGCCACCAUCAUAACAAUCAUAGCCAAUGCUGUUUUGCCAAAAGGCCUAAAUCUCUGCUGGAUCCAACCCAAGACUCCAUGAGGUCAGGAUCAUUAGUAACGCUGUAUGAAUCCAAGGUGUGGUUUAAAUGUUCAUCAGUUCUCAAGAGGCAGUAGGCUGACUGUUCAAUAACGUUUAGCUUUUUAAACAAAUGAUGUCAAAUAUACGUUUUUAUCCCGUCAUGUUUUAAUUUGCGCUCCGCUGUGCCGCGAUAAUUAAUAAGAAAAAGUAGCUCGCACAAGAAAAUGUGUAAACUCUGUGGACUUUCAUGUCAUUUCAGUUAAGGAACCUGUGCUGACUUAGUCCUGAUGCUUCAGAAGUAUUUUAUUUUUUAUUAUUUUUUCCCACCUUUCCCGACUUCACACUGGACGCAGCAUGUUGGGUCUCCUGUCCUGUUAGUGUCCCCCAGGCUGAAGUCUCAACCUCCAUUUAUUGUAUUUAACAAUAAGACUAUGUAGCACUAUUCACAAAUGAACUGCUUUUCAUGCUAACUAUAUAUACCUUGUAUACCUGGGGAUUGUUUUAGCUUUUAUAUUUAUAUCCUAAACUAGUGUCACUGUACAAUGUCCAUAGGCAGCAAUGGGCCUCAUUUAUCAAGCGUUUAGUAAAGUUGUGUUUCAAUGUUUGUGUUGAGCCAAACUAAAAUUUAAACGGAAUAAAAAUUCUGCCAAAUUUACAAAGGAUUCAGAAACUAGAGUCGAUUCAUCCAGAAUCUUUUUGGUAAAUGUAGCCGAAAGAUUUGAUUCACUGAUUCAUUCAGCGACUCUUGUUGUGUUGUUUUGGUGUUAUCAAACGUGCGUUUCUGUAAAUGUACUUGAAAAAUGGUGUUUAAAACAUUGAACAUUGAUCGUUUCAUUGAUCAGCACCUGGAAAAAAGCAGAGGUCAGGAACUGGAUUAUAGAGAAGGUGAAACUAUAUCUGUUGUACCCAGGUCGCAGGCAAUCUUAAAUUGUUAUCUAGCGAAAUCCCUCACAGAUCAGCGCAUCCUCCCUGAUGAUAAAGCAGGAAGACACACAGGAAGCUGAUCAUUAACACACAAACCAGAUCUCUCCCUCCCUCACUCAGUACUGCCCUUUUAAUAAAGUUUUGCACAGCAUUAAAAUAAAAUAUCUUCUGUAAUCUGCAUAUUAAAGCGCCAUAAUCCAUACAAGUGAUAGGAUCUGAAGCUGAUCAGCUGAGAUUACUUCAGUUCGUUCGUGUCGCGCCUCAUGUUUCCACACCUUCGGUAAGGUGAGACUAGGAUACACUCCAACAAACGAUUUACACACGUCCAGCUUGAUAAAUGAGACCCAGAUGUUUGCUCCAGUGGAUUUAUGGAUGAAAUGAAUUUUGGUUUUUGUUUACUGAAGACUUCCCGGCAAGUCGUCUAAUCCUGACCGGAGUGUGCUUGUUCUCUUAUUGUUCUUUUAUUUCUACAUUUUAUUUCAUUAGUACUGAUGAUGAUGAUGAUGAUGACCUCCCUUACAUGUUUCUUUUUUUUUUCUUUUUUUUUUUAAUGUAAGUUAAUUCAUUUUAUGCCUUCAGUGACCUUCAGAACAAUAUUGGAGCACGAUGCUUAGUUUUGGAUCAACGGUUUUGGACCAAACCAUUCUAGAGCAGGCUGUUGGCUGGAUUUUCUAUACUUUUUUUUUUAUCUACAUGAAGAUUUUGACCUUUGCGGUUUCAGUUUGUAUUAUGACCUUUUCAGACAGACAUUUUCCACCUUUCCUGCUGUAUUCCAUUUCAUUCACUUGGGAUUAUUUCAGCUUCAUUAGAUCCUGAUCCUGAUCUUCUACUGUUUUGGUUGAUGUGCUCAGACCCUAACAUCAGACCCUAAAUAUAGAUACAGACUGCAAAUGAUGGCAUCAGAAAUAAAAAUAAUAUUUAAAAAAACCCACCUCAUUCUGCUGUAGGUCCAAUUAUCCGAACACAUCUGGUGCAGUCCUAAUUAGACUAUGAAUGUGUACAAGGUCUGAUGAUGUGGAAGAAAUGUGGGGGGAAAAAACCCAGUCUGUAACACAGUGUGUGUGUAAAACAGUCUACACCUCUUGGGUCAUUUUUUUUAGAUUCAACAUCCUGGAUAAAGUCUCUGUCUUUUUGUAACUUUUGGAGCUCGACUUUUGGAGUGAAAGUGAAAAUGUGUAGGUUUUUAUGAUGACGGAGGAUGUGAGUACAGAUAAUAUUCGCUGUAUUUCCAUUAUCUGACACCAAGCUGCCUUUUUUGUUUUCUUUUUCUUCUUUAUUACAGUCUGUGGAAAUUUUUUACUUUUCCUUUACAAAUCUUUACAAAAUUCCACUCAGCCACUUGGGAGUUUUUAAUGGGAUCAGACAACCACUGUGUUUCACUCCACCUUAAGCUUCUGCUUUGCUUCUUCAGGCCAGCUGACAAAAAAAAAACGCUUUUGCUGUGGUUUGUAAAUGCUGUUGCUUUUAUUACUGAUGUAAAAGUAUGACUUAGGUCCCACGUCUCUGUAUAAGCGUAAGAAAGCACUUUCAGUCAGGUGUUCACUGUGCAUUCACUGUAUCUGCAGACGUCGUGUAACUUUAGAGGACUGUAACACCACAUAGCUGAUAGAGUGAUUUAUACUGCCGUGUAGCUGUGCAACAAAAAAAAAAAAGACGACCAACGUGCAAGAUUAGACAGUGUUCCCUGUUAGUCACGUGUUUGUGUCGUUCACUGUUCUGAUACAUGUCAGGUUUCAUAAUACGAUGUAGUUUGUUCUUGGGUGUGUAAACCAUUGCUACUCAAUUCAUAUUGAAUUUGCUUGUAGUGAAGCGUCUCGUAUAAACUCACAUGGAUGCGUCGGAAAGGAUAGAAACAAGUUCUUCAAACGACGGACACAAAAAUUAACCUACUUUAUUUUUCUAUUAUACUCAACAAACUACUUCAUUUGCAAAUAGCUACUAUAUAACUAUAUAUAUAUAUAUAUAUAUAUAUAUAUAUAUAUAUAUAUAUAUAUAUAUAUAUAUAUAUAUAUAUAUAUAUAUAUAAAUUUUCCCCUCAUUCUGUAACUUGUCUGUUUGUAUGAUUUUAUGGUCAUGUAAUCGAAGUAUGUAAUCAAUAGUGCCAUGCUGUCUGCUUAUACACAUCGAACACUUGAAUUUAUGAGCAAGUUCUUUUGAUUUGUUGAAGAUUGUGUAAUACGAGGCUGUGCUGAAGUGUGUAGAGUUGAAGUCCUGUAUCCCGACUCUGGGGACAUGUGGACUCAUGUAAAAUACGAAUUCCAAGUUACUGUUUAAAAAAAAAGAAGAGAGAAAUUAAACAGAGAUAUCAUUUCAUCACA